CCGCUCGCGCGCCCCCGCGGCCCCGCGCGCGUUGGUCUCGCCCGACGGCAGCCGUCGCUGAUUGGCCGUUGCCGGGACGGGGCGGGGCUGCGGCGGACGUUCGACCUCCGCGGGUCUCUCCGUCUUUCCCGCCAUGUCGUUUAUGGAGCGUGCGGGGUCCGCGCGACUGCGCCGCCAGGUCACCCCCGGCCCCGUGUCUCGGCGGGUGAAUUCCAACUUCACUCGGGGGGAUGGUUGGGGUGAGGGCGAUGUCGACGAGGACGAGGGGUGCGACCAAGUGGCCCGCGACUUGCGGGCAGAGUUCUCAGCCGGGGCGUUGUCGGAGCCCAGGAGGGCCCCGCCUCUCCCGCGGCUCGGGGACGGGUCUCCCGUCUUGCCCGAGAAGCGCAAUGGCAUCUUCCCGGCGACUGCGGCCGCCAGAAGCCAGCCUCGGCGGUGGCCGGUCCAGGUCCUUUCCAUUCUCUGUUCGCUGCUCUUCGCCGGCCUCCUUGCUUUCCUUCUCGCCAUCGCCUACCUGAUCGUUAAAGAACUGCAUGCAGAAAAUUCGAAAAAUGAAGAUGAUGUAGAUACUGGGCUGUUAGGUAACAAGAAGGUGGUUGAAUCUCAGCCUUUCUUGUGAUUCUUGGUCCCAGGUUGGGCUAAGAUCCUAGAGCCUGGGUACUGUGCCAGAGUUUUGAAAUUGAGGUGAAUUCUGACGACAUUUGCUGAAGGUUCUGGUCUCUGCUGACACUAUCUCUAACUGCUGGAUUCUCCUGCUGCAGCUUCUCUUGGACAGUGACUUACUUUGAUUCUUUUGAACCAGGAAUGUUUCCACCUACUCCUCUUUCACCUGCUAGGUUCAAGUAA